UGUCUCUCUUUUUAUCGACGUAGUAGUAGCAGUAUCUUCUGCUACUCAGUGGAUUUAGGGACGAAGCAGAGAUAUUAACGUUUCUUUUGAAGUGAAAAAUGUAUUCGAAAACUAUCGGCAAUCGCCAAGCGGUUCAAGAACAUGUUUUGGCCGUUUCUAGAGAUUUCGUUUCUCAACCUCGACUUACCUAUAGAACUGUUUCUGGUGUCAAUGGACCAUUGGUGAUAUUGGAUGAAGUUAAAUUUCCAAAGUAUGCUGAAAUUGUACAAUUAAAACUGUCAGAUGGGUCCUUACGAUCUGGACAAGUUUUGGAAGUUUCUGGUUCUAAAGCUGUAGUACAAGUAUUUGAAGGUACUUCUGGAAUCGAUGCAAGAAACACUCAUUGUGAAUUCACCGGUGAUAUCCUUCGAACACCGGUGUCCGAGGAUAUGCUGGGUCGUGUAUUUAAUGGAUCUGGAAAGCCAAUAGACAAGGGUCCACCUAUUCUCGCUGAAGAUUUCUUAGAUAUUGGUGGACAACCAAUUAAUCCCUGGUCACGUAUUUAUCCAGAAGAAAUGAUACAAACUGGAAUUUCUGCUAUAGACGUUAUGAAUUCUAUUGCUCGUGGUCAAAAGAUUCCUAUUUUCUCUGCUGCUGGUCUUCCGCAUAAUGAAAUCGCUGCACAAAUCUGUCGUCAAGCUGGUCUUGUCAAAGUACCAGGAAAAUCAGUUUUAGACUCUCAUGAGGAUAACUUUGCCAUAGUAUUCGCAGCUAUGGGUGUAAAUAUGGAAACCGCACGAUUCUUCAAACAAGAUUUUGAAGAGAAUGGCUCUAUGGAGAAUGUCUGUCUUUUCUUAAAUUUAGCUAAUGAUCCUACUAUUGAGAGAAUUAUUACACCACGAUUAGCUUUGACAACUGCCGAAUUUUUAGCAUAUCAGUGUGAAAAACACGUGUUAGUCAUUCUCACUGAUAUGUCUUCAUAUGCUGAAGCUCUUAGAGAAGUAUCAGCAGCGCGAGAGGAAGUACCUGGUAGACGUGGUUUCCCUGGUUACAUGUACACAGAUUUGGCGACCAUCUAUGAAAGAGCAGGACGAGUUGAAGGACGUAAUGGUUCUAUUACUCAAAUACCAAUUCUUACUAUGCCAAAUGAUGAUAUUACACAUCCUAUUCCUGAUUUGACUGGAUAUAUUACUGAAGGACAAAUAUACGUGGAUCGUCAAUUACAUAACAGACAAAUUUAUCCACCAAUAAAUGUCCUCCCAUCACUUUCUCGUCUAAUGAAAUCUGCUAUUGGAGAGGAAAUGACACGAAAGGAUCAUUCUGAUGUUUCAAAUCAAUUGUAUGCGUGUUAUGCUAUUGGAAAAGAUGUGCAAGCUAUGAAAGCAGUCGUAGGAGAAGAAGCUUUAACUCCUGAUGAUUUGUUAUAUUUGGAAUUUUUAACAAAGUUUGAAAAGAAUUUCAUUUCACAAGGAAGUUAUGAAAAUCGUACAGUUUUUGAAUCAUUGGAUAUUGGUUGGCAAUUGCUUCGUAUUUUCCCUAAGGAAAUGCUUAAAAGAAUCCCAACCAGUACUCUUGCUGAAUUUUAUCCAAGAGAUUCUCGUCAUUAAUUUUUAUUAAUCCAUGAUUUAAAGCACCUCGUGUAUUAAGUAACCGACCCUAAAACAAUAAGAACAGAAUACAUAUGUCUGACAUAGUGUCAGUUUUUCAUUCGGUUGUACAACUAUAUAUAAUUAUAAUAUGUUAUUGAAAAUAAUUUAUGCCAUUACAUAAAAAG